AUGAGACAUUUAAUAUAUAAAAUAGUUAUAAAUUAAACACUCUUUUCUUCAGGUGUUUAGACCAUUAAUACCUCCAGCUGCAGGUGAGAAUAACUGUAUUUGUUAUGACCAAUAUAAGGGAAUCCAAACCAGUCCUAUGCAGUCAAAAAACUUGCCAGAUUGCUUAAGUGAAUCUUCCAGCGGUAUUUGUGGCUUACCUCAGACUAAUGCUUCUGCCUGUGAUGAAAUAGUGAUCUGUCAGUUGGAAGGAGGUACUCAAAUACUCUGCAUAAACAAUUGUGCCACACAGGAACUAAAACCAGUUUAUCUAUUGCCCCAGUAUCAAGACCAACAUAAUUAUCUUCAAUCUGAUGUGGGCAACCCUGCAACAGCUGUACUGGGGCAGUAUUUGCCUGUUUCAGGUAAACUGGAUCUGAAUGAGCAGGAGUUUCAACAUGGAUCCUUACAAUCGGUAGCUAGCACUGCCACAUUCCAGCCAGAAUCAAACCUGCAAAUGGAAGUGCCUUCAGCUGGCCUACAUUUUCGUUCAGGGUUUACAAAGUCUAAGAAACCGUGCAACUGCACAAAAUCUCAGUGUCUUAAAUUAUAUUGUGAUUGCUUUGCCAAUGGUGAUUUUUGCUGCAAUUGCAACUGCAACAAUUGUUACAACAAUCCGCUUCAUGAAACUGAGCGAUUUAAAGCCAUUAAGGUCUGUCUUGAUAGAAACCCAGAAGCUUUCCUACCAAAGAUUGGGCAAACAAAACUGGGAGAAGUUAAACCUCACCAUAACAAAGGAUGCAAUUGCAGGCGUUCAGGAUGUCUCAAGAAUUAUUGUGAGUGCUUUGAGGCUAAAAUUAUGUGUUCCUCUAUUUGUAAAUGCAUUGGUUGCAAAAAUUAUGAAGAAAGUCCAGAUAAAAAAAACCAGCUGACUGCGCUAAACUACAUGGACAUAGGAAGUAAUGAAGGAAAUAACCCAGUUUUAACAUCAGCAUUGGAAAUAUUACCAAAAUUGGAAAAGGACAGGCUGAGAUGUCUGUCUUGGGAAGAAGUGAAAGCAACAUGUACUUGUCUCCUGGUGCAAGCUGAAGAGGCAGAAAAACGAGGAUACUCUGACUGUCUAGGUGAACGCAUGAUCAUGGAGGAAUUUGGGAGGUGUUUAUCCCAGAUUUUACAUGCAUAAUUAAAAUCUGCAAGACUUAAGGUUUUCAAUAAUUUGCCAUGUAUUAUAAAGCCAAUGAGUAUUAGUAAGGGUAUAUUGUCUGUCUCCACAAUUUUGCUGCUUAAUGAUCUUACCUUGAUCUUUCAUAGGACUAAUUUCAUUGACUUUUGAUGAAUUAUUUCUGGGUUGUGCUGGUGUAAGUGAAAUCCAUGUAAUAUCUAGCAUUUUUUCAAGUAACUUAAUACAAAAGAAAGCCUACUAUAUUUCCUACUAAAAAAGAUUUUCUCUGUACUUAAGAUUUUCUGAAGAACUGGCCCAGUCUUUUCCUAGACUUUUUAAAGUAAGUUUAACUUAAAAUGACUUUGGAUGUUUGUGAGUAGACAUCAGUAAAAACUGAGUAAAAAAUUCCUGUCUUAUUUUGGUUAUUAAGUGAAUGGUGAAGAAAUGUAAUUUCCAGUGGUAGUAGGUAAAUCUGCUGCGUUUAGCUUUGGAUCCUCUCUGGUUUGGGAGCUUAUUUUUCCUGUCUGCUAAUGUACUAUUUUUGGAAAAGAGAGCAACAUUUUCAAUUGGUUUUGUAUUCAGUGUUGGAAAAAAAAACAAACAGCUAAAACAAUACUGGCAUCCUUUUCACAGUGCCACCCUCCCUCCUACCCCCUCAUCUCCUACUCCCUCCCCCUAACUUUUUUCCAACAGUAGCUUUCGUAGACAUAGAGCCUGUCUAAUAAAAAGGAGGAAUUUGACAUCCUUUUUUCUCCUAUCUUAAAGUACAAGAGUAUGUGACAGAAAAAUCUUUUAUGAACCUUUUAAGAUUAUGAAAUCUUAUGAAAAGAUUUUAUGAAUCUUUUAUAUAAAAUUAAAAUUUGCUGAAACCUAGAUUUGCAAUCCAGUUUCCCUAAAAGUUUGCAAUAACUUUUGUUUGUUUAUUUAUUUUGGUAUGUUUAAAAUCUAAAAUGCUACACACUCAGUAUGUAUAAAAACUAAAAUGUGUAAAAUUUUCAUGUCUCUCUGUGAUAUAUUUUCUGCUUCUUGUUCUCACUGUUGUUCAAUUUUAUUUUCUCCAAGAGGAGUAAGCUAUUUGCUGCCAUAUUGUUAUCUAAAUGAUUUGACAGAUUAUAUAAAAAAUAAUGCUGUUUGUUUUUAGGUGUAUUUAUGCUAGGUUAAUAAUAUUUGCUUGAAUAUUUCUGACUUUUGUGCUGAAAAGAAUAAAGAUA